AUGGAAGACAUCUCGCCCCGCUCGCCCUCGCAGGCCUUACCUUUCGAGAGCAGCUACGGCCAGGGUUCCUACACCCAGUCCUCGACAUAUCCAUCACCUGCCAGGACAGAGAGUGAUGCCUCAAGCUACAUGACGGAUUCCAUGGCCCUUUACAGCCAAUACCCCUCAAUGGCUCUGUCCAACGACUCCGUUCACCCUGCGCAGACAUUGUAUCCGCUUUCGCCGCAUCCAACCGAGGCACCUUGGACCCCUUCACUGCCAGCUACCACAUCUCCAGGUGUACCUGGUGGACAGCGCUCGCGACUAUGGGCCGAUACUUAUGACACAAUGCCUGUGUGGGAUCAAUCCUUCACAUACCUCCCCUCUGGUUCCCUGGUCGGGGUAAUGCAUUCUCCGGCGCCAUCCGAUGGCGCACUUCUCUCUCAGCGCUCGUCCGUAUGCUCGUACGACCAUUCGCCCGACUCUGGCCCGAUGAUCAAGAUAGAGCCACAAAAUGAGUUGGCUAGCGAGGAGGAUUCAGUCGUGGGCCACCAGCCCUUGACAGUAUCUCCACAGCGAUUGGGCAAUGUCAAACACACAACGACUCAAAGUGACGACAGUACGGUCAAUACUAGUACCGUGCGUACACGAUCACGGAGAGCAACCACGAGAGAGAACGCCAACCACCAGUGCCAUAUUUGUGGCAAGCUAUUCCAGCGCGGCUACAAUCAUAGUGCACACAUGGAAACCCACAACCCGAAUCGAAAGAAGCCGAACGCCUGUCCCCGCCAAGGAUGUGGAAAGAGAUUCGUGCGGAGGACGGACCUGCACAGGCAUGACCAAAGUGUGCACCGCAAAAUAAAGAACCACAAAUGCACAGCAUGCGGCGCCCACUUCGCGCGGAAGGACACCCUCAGGAGACACCGCGAAGACGGCUGCCCCAAGCGCUUCGAUGUCGUGGCCAGACAGGCGCAGCGAGCGAAGGCGGUCCGCAAACACAGAGCACUUCCCACGAGGGCUCCGUCUUACCGAUCAGUCCCUCGGGGCAUGUCUGCGCUAGGCCGCUCGGCUCCUUACUUCUGCGCGAACUUUCUGCCGAGCGUGGUGUAG